AUGGCCAAGAUCAAGAUCGGAAUCAACGGAUUUGGAAGGAUCGGGCGUUUGGUUGCUCGAGUUAUCUUGCAGAGGGAUGACGUUGAACUUGUUGCUGUUAACGACCCAUUUAUUACCACCGACUAUAUGACAUACAUGUUCAAGUAUGACAGUGUUCACGGUCAGUGGAAGCACUUUGACGUUAAAGUCCAUGAUGACAAGACCCUUCUCUUUGGUGAGAAGGCCGUCAAGGUCUUUGGAGUCAGGAACCCUGAGGAGAUCCCAUGGGGUGAAACUGGAGCAGAUUUCGUUGUGGAGUCUACUGGAGUUUUCACUGACAAGGACAAGGCUGCUGCCCACUUGAAGGGAGGUGCAAAGAAGGUUGUUAUUUCUGCUCCCAGCAAGGAUGCACCCAUGUUUGUUGUUGGUGUCAAUGAGAAGGAAUACAAGCCCGAGUUGGACAUUGUGUCUAAUGCCAGUUGCACUACCAACUGUCUUGCUCCCUUGGCCAAGGUCAUUCAUGACAGGUUUGGCAUUGUUGAGGGUCUUAUGACCACUGUCCACUCCAUUACUGCCACCCAGAAAACUGUUGAUGGUCCUUCAGCUAAGGACUGGAGAGGUGGAAGGGCUGCUUCAUUUAACAUCAUCCCCAGUAGCACUGGAGCCGCCAAGGCUGUCGGCAAAGUGCUUCCUGCUCUCAACGGAAAGUUGACAGGAAUGUCCUUCCGAGUUCCGACUGUGGAUGUUUCAGUUGUGGAUUUGACUGUUAGACUUGAGAAAGCUGCCACCUACGAGGACAUCAAAGCAGCUAUUAAGGAGGAAUCUGAGGGCAAGCUCAAGGGAAUUUUGGGCUACACCGAAGAUCAUGUUGUGUCCACAGAUUUUGUUGGUGACAACAGGUCGAGUAUCUUUGAUGCCCUUGCUGGAAUUGCCUUGAAUGAGACGUUCGUGAAACUUGUGGCAUGGUACGACAAUGAGUGGGGUUACAGUACCCGAGUGGUUGAUUUGAUUUGCCACAUGGCAUCCGUCAGCCUUGUAGUCAUGGUGACAUUUUCAUCUCCUUUACAGUUUGUGGUUGGAAACUUAGGCUUAGUUGUUGAUAAUCGUAUGGACUUGAGAGAAAGAGAGGCAAAGAGCGAGUUUGGGCCUGAAAAUCUUUGA